AUGUCUGCCCCGGAGACUUUCGAGUUCCAGGCUGAGAUCUCUCAGCUCCUGUCUCUCAUCAUCAACACCGUCUACUCAAACAAGGAGAUCUUCCUGCGUGAACUUGUUUCCAACGCCUCCGAUGCUUUGGACAAGAUCCGCUAUGAGUCCCUCUCCGACCCCAGCAAGCUCGACUCGGGCAAGGACCUGAGGAUCGACAUCAUCCCCGACAAGGAGAACAAGACCCUCACCAUCCGCGAUACCGGUAUUGGUUUCACCAAGGCUGACCUCGUCAACAACCUCGGUACCAUUGCCCGCUCCGGCACCAAGCAGUUCAUGGAGGCCCUCACCGCCGGUGCCGACAUCUCCAUGAUCGGUCAGUUCGGUGUUGGUUUCUACUCUGCCUACCUCGUCGCCGACAAGGUCACCGUCGUCUCCAAGCACAACGACGACGAGCAGUACAUCUGGGAGUCGUCCGCCGGCGGCACCUUCUCCAUCAUUCCCGACACCGAGGGUGAGCCCCUUGGCCGCGGUACCAAGAUCAUCCUUCACCUGAAGGACGAGCAGACCGACUACCUCAACGAGGCCAAGGUCAAGGAGGUCAUCAAGAAGCACUCCGAGUUCAUCUCCUACCCCAUCUACCUCCACGUCACCAAGGAGACCGAGAAGGAGGUCCCCGAUGAGGAGGCCGAGGAGACCACCGAGGAGGGCGACGACAAGAAGCCCAAGAUCGAGGAGGUCGACGACGAGGAGGAGGAGAAGAAGCCCAAGACCAAGAAGGUCAAGGAGACCUCCAUCGAGGAGGAGGAGCUCAACAAGCAGAAGCCCAUCUGGACCCGCAACCCCCAGGACAUCCAGCAGGAGGAGUACGCUUCCUUCUACAAGUCCCUCUCCAACGACUGGGAGGACCACCUUGCCGUCAAGCACUUCUCCGUCGAGGGUCAGCUCGAGUUCCGCGCCAUCCUCUUCGUCCCCAAGCGCGCUCCCUUCGACCUGUUCGAGACCAAGAAGACCAAGAACAACAUCAAGCUCUACGUCCGCCGCGUCUUCAUCACCGACGAUGCCACCGACCUCGUCCCCGAGUGGCUCGGCUUCGUCAAGGGUGUUGUCGACUCUGAGGACCUUCCUCUCAACCUGUCCCGUGAGACUCUCCAGCAGAACAAGAUCAUGAAGGUCAUCAAGAAGAACAUCGUCAAGAAGUCUCUUGAGCUCUUCCAGGAGAUCGCCGAGGACAAGGAGCAGUUCGACAAGUUCUACUCUGCCUUCUCCAAGAACCUCAAGCUCGGUAUCCACGAGGACUCCCAGAACCGCAACAUCCUUGCCAAGCUCCUCCGCUACCAGACCACCAAGUCUGGCGAUGAGCUCACCUCCCUCUCUGACUACGUUACUCGCAUGCCCGAGGUCCAGAAGAACAUCUACUACAUCACCGGCGAGUCCAUCAAGGCCGUCACCAAGUCCCCCUUCCUUGACUCCCUCAAGGAGAAGAACUUCGAGGUUCUCUUCCUCGUUGACCCCAUUGACGAGUACGCCAUGACUCAGCUCAAGGAGUUCGAGGGCAAGAAGCUCGUCGAUAUCACCAAGGACUUCGAGCUCGAGGAGACCGAGGAGGAGAAGGAGCAGCGCGAGAAGGAGGAGAAGGAGUACGAGGGUCUUGCCAAGUCCCUCAAGAACGUCCUCGGCGACAAGGUCGAGAAGGUCGUCGUCUCCCACAAGCUCGUCGGUGCUCCUUGCGCCAUCCGUACCGGCCAGUUCGGUUGGUCCGCCAACAUGGAGCGUAUCAUGAAGGCCCAGGCCCUCCGUGACACCUCCAUGUCCUCGUACAUGUCUUCCAAGAAGACCUUCGAGAUCUCCCCCAAGAGCCCCAUCAUCCAGGAGCUCAAGAACAAGGUCGAGAACGACGGCGAGAACGACCGCACCGUCAAGUCCAUCGUUCAGCUUCUGUUCGAGACCUCUCUGCUUGUCUCUGGCUUCACCAUUGACGAGCCCGCCAGCUUUGCCGAGCGCAUUCACAAGCUCGUCCAGCUCGGCCUCAACAUCGAUGAGCAGGAGGAGAAGACCGAGGGUGCUCCCGCCGCCGACGCGCCCGCCGUCGAGACCGGUGACAGCGCCAUGGAGGAGGUUGACUAA